CUGUUAUGGCGAUGUUGGAGGAAGUAGUGGUCUACGAUACCCAUGCCAUACUACUACGCCCUCGCCCCUUCGCCAAGGCCUCUGGCAGACUCAUCUUACUCCCACUACUACCUCGCAAAGCCGUUACGAAGCCCCUGCCUUCCGAGAUCUGGGCGAAGAUCCUAGGCUAUGUCUUUGCUGACUAUCAACGACCAUCGUCUUCUGGCAAAGCGGUGGGCUCGAAAUUGAACCUCUUGCUCGUGUGCAAGUCCCUGAAAGAUGUCGCAUUGCCACUGUAUUAUGAAGACAUACAUCUAGACGAUCCCGCACACCUGGAGCAAUUCACUGAGCUGCUUCGUGUAGCCGAUCGCCGUUGGGACUCCAUUCGACGCAUUCCCUAUUCCGCGCCAGGGCGAUGGGUCCACAGUUUGGACCUGUCUGACCUGCGCUGCAACCUUUGGUCGGAAGUCUGUCUAGUUGACACACUUCUGACUCGUCUUGUCCCUCUUCUACCCUUCCUCGCUCAUCUUGUUCUGAACUCAACAAUCGCUGUCAGCCGACGUCUCGUUGACAGCAUAUGCAGCCGAGAUGGAAUCGGGCGACUUCUCUCUCUCAAGGGAAUCAAGUUGGCGUCAUCCGUAGAUCUCACUUCUGAAGAUACUUUCCUUGAGGUUUUGCGAUGCUCACAGAACCUCGAAGAGCUGGAGAUUUACGGCUCAGGGGUUGAGCCACUACUGACAGACAUACCUGGGGCAUCGGUGGACUUCGAUUUCUCGGCGAAACCUCUUCGCUUACCUCGACUCCGCAAGUUGGCCGCAAUCUCCAUGCACUGCUCCCCUGUCAUGUUUUUCCUCCUUCAUUCUUCGCUGCCCAUGUUGACCCAUUUGACGAUUACUCCUUAUGACGACGUAUCCGUUCCAAGCUCGCUUGUGCCUCGCUUCAUUGAAAGGCACGGCGCAGAGCUGGCAUCGCUCCAUCUGUACGCACCGAAGGCUUGGCCAACAAUGCUUUUCCCCUCGCCCACCACUCUGCUGUAUACUUGUCCGAAGCUGAACCAUCUCUCGCUAGAGAACCCGCUCCCUACGCUUACCAUCUGCUCCAUCUAUCCGAAGCACCCCCUGAAGAUCCUGUCGAUUCCGAGGCCCGAGGCUGGGUUUCUCAGGGUCUUAGAAUCUCUGCUGCCGAAGCUGCCAGCGCUGAAGGUGGUGCGCGCGCGCGAUGUGCGGUGGUUGAGAGCGGGCAUGAGCUCGCACGCUCACGUCGCCGGCGUGCAAGGAGAAAUGCGAGACUGGCGACAACGUCUCGCACGAAGGGGUGUCACCGUGGUCGACACCGCUUGGAUGCCUCAGGGGGGAUAGGCCUAUAACGUUAAACCUGUUCAUGCCUUUCGCAUCUCUCGAACCUCUUAAUGGCUGCUGUACUAACAUCAAUACUGUUGUCUGUGUGUUGUGCUUAACUGUACUAUUGUACUAAUAAUGUGUCUCGCUGAAGAUUUCUGUCAGCGCUUUCUGUAUAUGUACUACUCCCCGCUCGAGCUCUACUCAUUGUAUACGCGAAACUUCAUUUUCCUCCAAAGGUCAU